CACAAGGGCUUGCACGGCACUUGUGAAAGCAAGUCGUCCGCUGAUGCAGUGAUGUGGACAAUCCUUGACCAUUAAAUGGGAUGUGGAUAGCUGAACUACCCACGGACUCCUAUCCUUCAAUGCGAUAUCUACCUCCCAAAAUUAAUUGGUAAUUCAUUUGUUUACCGGACGCCAUGGUCGAAGAGGUCCAUGGUUAGUGGUUACACAUCAUAAUGUGUGGCAAAUAACCAUGAAAUUGCUCAAAAAGAAAAAUCCCCUAUUCUCCUCCAUUUUUUUCUUUUUUUUGAGGCUAUUUUUCUCCAGAUGGUGCUAAAACCAUCCUUACUUUUGAUGAUCUGGCUGCUUACGGGAAUCACAGCAACCAAAUAUGAUGAUUUCACAUACAACGGAUUCAAUAGGACUGAGUUAUACAUUGAUGGCGUAGCUGAGAUCACACCAAAUGGCCUUCUGCGAUUAACCAACACUACGAAGAGCAAGCAAGGACAUGCAUUCCACAAAGUGCCACUGCGUUUUAAGAACACCUCGGACGGUAAUGUUUAUUCUUUCUCUACUUGCUUUGUUUUCGCAAUACGCCCCGAACAUCCAGAUGUGAGUGGCCAUGGACUUGCAUUUGUGCUCUCUCCAAACGAGGGGUUCCCUGGGGCUAUGACCAACCAAUACCUUGGUCUCUUCAACUCCUCCAAUAAUGGCAAUUCAACAAACCAUGUCCUUGCCGUUGAGCUCGACACCAUCUCCAAUAUGGAGUUUGGAGAUAUUGACGACAACCAUGUCGGAAUUGAUGUCAAUGGAUUAAGGUCCAUAAACGCCGCACCAGCAUCAUAUUUCAUUGGGAAAACUGGGAAAUUUGAGAACCUCACUCUUAUAAGCGGGGAACCUAUGCAGGUGUGGGUAGAUUAUAGCAAUCAAGAGAAGAGGCUAAAUGUAACAAUAUCCCCCAUCAGUGUGCCCAAACCAAGCCGUCCAUUGUUGUCUUCUUUAGUUAAUCUGUCCUCGGUAAUAUUGGACACCAUGUAUGUUGGCUUUUCUUCUUCUACGGGCUCCAUUCUAACAUCCCAUUAUGUUCUGGGUUGGAGCUUUAAGAUGAAUGGGCAAGCGGCUGCCCUCAACCUGUCCAGCCUUCCUUCACUUCCUUCUGAAAAGCAUAGAAGAAAACUAACAUCUUUGAUAAUUUGGGUGGCCUUAGGAGUAGUGGUGUUCAUAGCUAUAACUGCCAGCUGUAUUGCUUACAUAAUAAGAAGAAAGGCAAGAUAUGCCGAAGUUCUCGAAGAGUGGGAGCUCGAACAUAGAACUCAUAGAUUCUCAUAUAAAGAACUAUUCAAGGCUACCAAGGGCUUUCGAGAAGAAAAUCUUUUGGGAGUUGGUGGUUUUGGAAGGGUCUACAAAGGCAAGCUACCCACCUCGAAAACCGAAAUUGCUGUGAAGAGGAUAUCUCAUGAUUCUAAGCAAGGAAUGAGGGAGUUUGUGGGCGAGAUUGCGAGUAACAGUCAACUCCGUCACCGCAAUUUGGUCCAACUUCUUGGCUAUAGCCGUAGGAAAGGGGAACUCAUUUUGGUUUACGAGUUCAUGUCCAAUGGAAGUCUUGACAAGUUCCUCUAUGAUGCAAACAAGCCAACAACACUUAGCUGGAGUCAGAGACUAAAAAUUAUCAGAGGUGUGGCUUCAGGUUUGCUUUACUUGCAUGAAGAGUGGGAGCAGAUUGUUGUACACAGAGAUAUAAAAGCCAGCAAUGUCUUACUGGACGGUGAAAUGAAUGGAAAGUUGGGAGACUUUGGACUAUCAAGAUUGCAUGAUCAUGGUAGCGAUCCCCAAAUUACUCAUGUGGUGGGAACUUUUGGUUAUAUUGCUCCAGAGCUCACGAAAACAGGCAGGGCAACCACGAGCACUGAUGUCUUCGCCUUCGGGGUUUUCACACUGGAGGUUGUCUGUGGAAGGAGGCCAAUAAUGCAGCAAGAAUCACCGGAUCUUCAUUUGGUGGACUGGGUGUGGGGGAGUUGGAGGAAUGGAGUAAUUCUAGAGGUUAUAGAUGCAAGACUGGGAGGUGAUUAUGAUGUGGGGGAAGUGGAACUGAUCUUAAAGAUUGGAUUGCUUUGUUCAAAUCCUGUACGUGCAGCUAGACCAACCAUGCGCCAAGUGAUGCAGUUGUUGGACGGUGAUCUUUCACUUCCCGAAAUACCCAAGGAUGGGAGGGGCAUCACCGUUUCAUCACCAGAUCAUGCUGAAGCAUUAGAAGAAUCAUGAUGUCAUAAGUGUCAGUUAUUACUUGUAAACUGUUCCAUUCACCGGCAAAGAGCCAAUCUGGCCUCUUUGAAGGUUGUUGACUUUCUCGAAUUUAGCUAACUAGUGGAAUUUGAAUGGAAGUGUUUUAUUUUAUCCUUU